UAGCUUUGUGAGGCGACACUCCAGCAGCCAUUUUACAGCGCGAGAACAACAGCGGAGCAGACUGAGGGUUUAAUCCGAGAUUUAAAGGGGGAAAAAAAAAAAAGCAGGAUUGCCGCUCUUUGUUGUUGCGUUUAGAGAUUUUUUUCCUUAAACGUUUUAUCAUAAAUUAAAUACUCGGUUAGGUAUGUCUCGGGACCGUUUUAGGAACCGCGGCGGAUUUCAGCAGCGAGGCCGUGGAACUGGAGGAGGAGGAAUGCGCGGAGGGAUGGGGAACCCAAAUUUCCGAAAUAGUCCACAGCAUCCGUUUCAGAACCGCGGUGGCGGCGUUGCUGGAGGUUUUAAACCCAAUCAAGUUAACCAGGUUAACCCGAGCACCCCGCAAAAACCUGAGGGAGCGAUCCUUCCUGUCCCUGUGAAGCCGGAGAUGAAGUCUCCUCCUCCGCAACAGCAGCCACAACAGCAGCCGCCUGAUGCCCAGAGUAAAGGUCCGGCCCAGCAACAACUACCCCUACCACUACCGACACCAACUCCACCACAACAACCUCCUGCUCAACCAGUUCAAUCACCAGUUCAAUCACCACCGCCGAAAAUUCUUAAACCAGAAACCGGAACACCACAGAAUCAACAGCGGAAACCUCCGCAGAAGACUCCGGUCAGUGGGAACGGCCCGAAGCCUCCUAACACCGAGUCGUCCCGGGCACCUGCGACUCCUCACUCCAAUGAAUUGAAGGCGUCUCUGUCGAUGUUGCGGAAACCCGGGGAGAAGACCUACACCCAGAGAUGUCGGCUGUUCAUCGGCAAUCUACCCAACGACAUUACUGAGGACGAGUUCAGGAGACUGUUCUCCAAGUAUGGAGAACCCAGUGAGAUCUUCAUCAACCAGGGCAAAGGUUUCGGGUUCAUCCGACUGGAGUCGCGAGCUCUGGCGGAGGUCGCGAAGGCCGAACUGGACGACAAGCCCAUGAAAGGCAGACCCCUCAGGGUUCGAUUCGCGACCCAUUCGGCUGCGCUGUCCAUCCGCAACCUGUCUCCGUUCGUCUCCAACGAGCUCCUUGAGGAGGCCUUCUCGCAGUUCGGAGUGGUCGAAAGGGCGGUGGUGGUCGUGGACGACCGCGGACGCUCAGUCGGAAAAGGCAUCGUCGAGUUUGCUACCAAGCCUGCGGCGCGCAAAGCUCUCGAUCGGUGCAGCGACGGCGUCUUUCUGCUCACGUCGUCACCUCGUCCAGUUGUGGUUGAGCUGAUGGACCAGUAUGACGAUGAGGAUGGUCUGCCAGAGAAGCUAGCCCAGAAGAACCCAAAUUAUCAGAAAGAGCGAGAGCAGCCUCCACGUUUUGCUAGACCAGGCACCUUCGAGUUCGAAUACUCUCAGAGGUGGAAGUCUCUGGACGACAUGGAGAAACAGCAGAGGCAGCAGGUGGAGAAGAACAUCCGCGAGGCCCGCGAGAAGCUGGAGGCGGAAAUGGAAGACGCCUACCACGAGCACCAGGCUAACCUACUUCGACAGGACCUUCUUAGACGGCAGGAGGAACUGCGUCGCAUGGAAGAGGUGCAUAAUCAGGAAAUGCAAAAACGCAAAGAGAUGCAGCUCAGGCAAGAGGAGGAGCGUCGCAGACGGGAGGAGGAAAUGAUGCGGCAGAGAGAAAUGGAGGAACAGAUGAGGCGCAAGCGUGAGGAGUCCUACAGAAUGGGAGGUUUCAUGGACAAUAGGGAAAGGGAGAUGAGGAUGAAUGCUGGAGGUCUUGGAUUAGCAGAUAUGCCUUUUGGCUCUAACAACCAGAAGUUUCCUUUGGCCAGAAUGGGCUUUGAAGGUCACCAGGGACUCGGUGGCCCAGUGCCAGGGGGCAUGGUGCCCAACGAAAUGCACAAUGAGCGUUUCCCUCAAGGUGGCCCUGCUGGUCCGAGGGGCAUGGGUCCGGGCAAUUCCGGAUUCGGCAGAGUCCGUGAGGAAUUCGAAGGACCUGCCAAGAAGCCACGCUUCUGAUCUGGCACUUUUUUAAAUAGCGGAGCUUGUUUCUGGAUUUCCAGUUAGAUUCUGGGGUCCUAAUGAUGUAUUUAAGUUUAAAAUAUUCCAUUGGAAUUUUAGCCUGAGGAUUCUUCUUCUUUUUUUUUUUGUGUGGCAAUUUUUUUUUUUAUCUUUUUUUUUUUUUUUAAGUAAUUUUGUGUGUUCGGGUUAGAAAAAGUAGUGAACCGCUCAGCAAGAGGGUCAUCUUGCUCAGCAAAACUUAUUGUAUUCUCCUUUUCUACAUUAUAUAUAUAUAAAAUCAUACAAUGUUACUUGUUUAUGCUGGUUGCUCCUGUUGUUCUGCUAUUACUGUGGUUAUGUUCUGUGCCAUUCAACAUUUUUUGAGAUAAUCCAUGUAAUUUGCAAUAAAGAGAACAUUUGGUUGUACAAACCCA